AUGCGAGAUUAUCUUCGCCACAUUCUAGUCGGAUUAAGCGUGUCGGGCCUUGGAUGGGCCGCUGCUGUGCAGCGCGAUGUUGAGGUCCUCCGUUUUCAUGACCUUGGAGGCGUAACAGCGGACUCCCUGCACAACGUCCAUGUGGAUUUCCUUGACGAAUCCUUCGAAGGACAUCUGAAGCUUGUCUAUGGAGGGUGCGAUAUUGAAAGCCCUGUUCAUGGACAUCAUGAGGUUGGCAGCAUGUUCAUCAAACGGGACGCAAGGCCAGACCGAUUCGUCUGGAUAACCCCUGCCGAUGCACCUCAUGCACACUGCCUUCAUGCGUUCUCCGGAUCGACAUCGCUUGGCCGAUCCUCGCCAAUCGCAGUAACCUAUUCCAUUGCCAAGCGCGAGAGCAUUGCAGAUGUGGCCGACACAAUGGGCCCCUGGUUCGAUGGGGUCGCUUACAUGAAGUCUAAGAAAAACAGUGCCACCUUCGCCUCCAAGGCGAAGAACACAUCGGUCGCCAUUCUCGGAGGUGGCAUGUCUGGGCUCAUGACAAGCCACUUGCUCGAGUCUGUUGGGAUCCACAACUGGCACAUCUUCGAAUCGUCCGAGCGCGUUGGCGGACGUAUUCGCACCAAGUAUCUGAACAACACUCGCCCAGAUCAGUACCAGUAUCAGGAGAUGGGCCCGAUGAGAUUCCCCGUUAGCAUAACCUAUGCGGAUACCAAUGAGACCCUCGAAAUCAUGGAUCACCGCAUGGUCUUCCAGCUUGCCGGUGUGCUCAACCAGAUGAAUGCUGAUAGACCCGAUCUUCAAGUCAACUUCAUUCCUUGGGUCCAAAGCAGCCCAAAUGUCCCGGCCGCCUCAGGUGGAAACCGUUUACCUGAUGGGCGGAUUCCCACCGUAGCUCAGGUCGCAGCCAACUCCUCGCUUGUCUACACGGCCGCAUCGUCCAAUGCAACGGCCGUUGCUGAUGCCGAAGCCGCUUAUGCAAACUACACCGCACUGGAUGACCGAGCUACGAUCCGUGCAAUUGCAACCAACAUGUACCAGGCCCAUAAAAAGGCUGUUGAGGAUGGCAUGUUCCAUUGGUCUGAAGCCGGAUACUUGCGCUAUGCCCUGGGUAAUAACGCCAACAUCACUGAUUAUGUGGCAGGGACAACUGACUCUCCUAUCUGGGGGGACUUUUACGACGGUGUCUACUUUACUGCGACUAAAUGGCGCACCAUCGACAAGGGUCUGGAGUCCCUGCCGCGCGCCUUCUACCCCCACGUCGCGGACAAGGUUACUUUCAACCGUACCGUUCAAGGUCUAAUCUACAAUGAGACCACUGGCAAAAUUUCGGUUGCUUGGCGGGACGACCCCUUGAAGAUGACUCCCGAAACGGCGGAAUUUGACUAUGCAGUUGUUGCAGUGCCCUUCAGCAAAGUCCGGCUUUGGGAUCUGCCCCGAUACUCCUCCCUCCUCAGCCGCGCCAUCUCAUCCCUGAACUACGACCCCGCCUGCAAGUUGGCUCUGCUGUACAAGACUCGCUUCUGGGAGCACAUGGAGAAUCCUAUCUUCGGCGGCUGCGGCGCUGUGGAUAUAUCAGGCGUGGGAAGCGUCUGCUACCCAUCGUAUAAUAUGAACGGCACCGGACCGGGGGUAAUUCUCUCCUCAUAUAUUUCCGGCACUCUAGCGCGCUCUGCAGCAGCUCUCAACCCUGAAGAGCACGUCGCACUCAUUCAGCGCGCAAUGGUCGAAGUACACGGUGACAUCGCUGCUGAGCAGUUCACUGGCAUUUACGACCGCCAAUGCUGGGAGUUCGACCGACACCAGGCCGGUGCGUGGGCGGAUCCGCUUGUCGGGCAGCAGGAGCUGUACCUACCGGCAUACUAUCAGACGGAAUUCAAGACCAUUUUCAUCGGCGAGCAUACGAGCUACACGCACGCAUGGAUAUUUUCGGCGCUGGAUUCUGCCGUACGGGGGACGACUCAAUUGUUACUGGAUCUGGGGCUAGUUGAUGAGGCCAAGUCUAUUGUUGAGACAUGGAUGGGAAGGUGGAUUAAGCUGUGA